CGAACACAUUCAACAUUACUAUAUUGGCCACGGGACAAGCAAGAACGAGCCAUGCCCUGGUUGUCUUUGAACUAAUUCGAGUUGCUUUGUCCAUGGUCAACUGAAUUCCUUCCCCCGAUACCCUUAGUCCCCAGAGGGGUACAGCGCAAUGCCUUCACGAAAGCCUAGCAAAUAUGGAAAUAAGUUUCGGUCCAGCGCCGCAUCUUUCAACCCCAAGAGGGCAAAGACAGUCGAAUUCGCGUCUCUGCGGUCGACAGAAUCGACAUCUCAAGAUGAGAAAUUCGAAGCGAUUCGACUCGCGAACACUAUUGAUGAGACCAUGGGCUUCCCGCGCUUCGAAGCCGGCCAUAAGAGAGUGGGAUGGCUCAUUAAUAUGCACAGUACCUCUAUUGAGGACCCGAAAGUCCCUGGUGGUCGUGCCGGUGUCGACUUCUAUUUCCUCGAAGAUGACGGAGGCAGUUUCAAGGCGACGGUAGAAUACGACCCGUAUUUCAUGAUUGCGGCGAAGAAAGGGCACGAGUCAGAUGUGGAAGAGUGGUGUAAGAGAAUGUUUGAGGGCCUUAUCAAGAAAGUGAAUCGGGUCGACAAGGAAGAUCUGCAGAUGCCAAACCAUCUGCUUGGAUAUCGAAGGACUUUCUUGCAACUUAGCUUUGCCAACGUGAGCAAUCUCUUGGAGGUCCGAAAGACCCUCCUACCAAUUGCGGAGAAAAACAAAAAGAACGUGAAUGCGAUGGAUACUUAUGCGGAGAUGACCAGUGCCAACGCCGGCUUCGAUCUCUUUGAUGACGAACUAAAUAAUGACCCACGACCUAAUGGCAGUGUAAAUGCGAGUGAUUUCAUAAUUGAUAUUCGGGAGUACGACGUUCCUUACCAUGUUAGAGUGUGUAUCGAUAAAGACAUACGUAUUGGAAAAUGGUAUACGGUGGAAUCAAAACACGGCGUUAUUUCAUUGACUUGCAUAGAAGAGCGACUUCAGCGAGCUGACCCUGUCGUUCUUGCCUUUGAUAUCGAAACCACGAAACUACCCCUAAAGUUCCCUGACGCCGUGAUCGAUCAAAUCAUGAUGAUUUCUUACAUGAUCGACGGGAAUGGAUUUCUAAUCACCAAUCGAGAGAUUGUGUCUGAGGACAUCAACGACUUUGAGUAUACGCCAAAACCCGAAUAUAGUGGCCCGUUCGUGAUCUUUAACGAACCAGACGAGAGGGCCGUUCUCGAGAGAUUCUUCGGCCAUAUCAAAGAAGCUAAACCGACUGUCAUUGCCACAUACAACGGUGACUUCUUCGAUUGGCCCUUUGUUGAAGCAAGAGCCAGUGUACUGGGAAUCGAUAUGUACACCGAGAUUGGCUUUCGGAAAAACAACGAAGAUAUCUACCAGAGCGACCACUGUGUUCACAUGGACUGUUUUGCUUGGGUCAACCGUGACAGUUAUCUUCCGCAGGGAAGCAGAGGUCUGAAAGCUGUCACAGUCGCCAAACUGGGCUAUGACCCCGACGAGCUGGAUCCUGAAUUGAUGACGCGGUAUGCCAGCGAACGUCCACAGACUUUGUCAGAGUAUUCAGUUUCAGAUGCCGUUGCCACUUAUUAUUUGUACAUGAAAUAUGUGCACCCAUUCAUCUUCUCUCUUUGUACGAUUCUACCCCUCAACCCCGACGACACCUUGCGAAAAGGAACCGGGACAUUAUGUGAGAUGUUGCUCAUGGUCCAGGCGUACAAGAAUGAGAUCAUCCUGCCAAACAAACAUAAGGAUCCGCCAGAGUCCUUCUAUGAGGGCCACCUCUUAGAAUCGGAGACCUAUGUUGGUGGUCACGUCGAGAGUCUUGAGGCUGGAGUGUUCCGGAGCGAUAUUCCAGUCAACUUUUCCGUUGAUGCGACAGCUAUCGACGAAUUAAUCGGGGAUCUCGACGCUGCGUUGAAGUUCAGUAUCACAGUCGAAGAGAAGAAGUCUCUUGACGACGUCACCAAUUAUGAAGAGGUCAAAGCCCAGAUUGUGCAGCGUCUCCUCGAUCUGAAGAAUACGCCCGUUCGCCAGGAGUGCCCGUCCAUCUACCAUUUGGAUGUUGCUUCUAUGUAUCCGAACAUCAUGACGACGAACAGACUCCAACCAGAUUCAAUGAUACAAGAGUCUGAUUGUGCAGCAUGCGAUUUCAACCGCCCGGGAAAAACAUGCGACAGGCGACUUCCGUGGGCAUGGCGAGGCGAGUUUCUUCCCGCAAAGCGCGACGAGUACAAUAUGAUCCGGCGAGCGGUCGAAAACGAGAAGUUCCCUGGGAGGACAAAGAAAUCCCCGAUGAGGAUGUUCAGCGAACUAAGCACAGAGGAACAAGCUGCCGUUGUGAAGAAGAGACUGCAGGAAUACAGCAAGAAAAUCUACCAUAAAAUUCACGAUAGUAAGACCGUGGAACGAGAAGCUAUCAUCUGCCAACGCGAGAACCCUUUCUACGUCGAUACAGUGCGCAGCUUCCGAGAUCGAAGAUAUGAUUUCAAGGGGAAACAGAAAGUAUGGAAAGGAAAGACUGACGCUUUGAAGUCAUCGGGUGCUCCCGCUGCAGAGAUUGAGGAGGCUAAGAAGAUGAUCGUGUUGUUUGACUCUCUACAGCUUGCGCACAAAGUCAUCCUCAACAGUUUCUAUGGAUAUGUCAUGCGAAAGGGGUCUCGUUGGUAUUCAAUGGAGAUGGCUGGAGUAACUUGUUUGACUGGUGCACAUAUCAUCCAAAUGGCGAGAGAGCUCGUUGAACGCAUCGGGCGUCCUUUGGAGUUGGAUACGGACGGUAUCUGGUGUAUGCUUCCUGCGACAUUUCCUGAGAAUUUCUCCUUCACAUUGAAGAACGGCAAAAAGCUAGGCAUCUCCUAUCCUUGCGUUAUGCUCAACCACCUUGUCCAUGGCCGAUUCACGAACCAUCAGUAUCAGACACUUGUGGACCCCGCAACCUUCAAGUACGAGACACACAGUGACAAUUCUAUCUUCUUCGAAGUUGAUGGACCAUACAAGGCCAUGAUUCUUCCAACCUCUAAAGAAGAAGACAAGAACCUGAAGAAACGUUAUGCAGUCUUCAACCACGACGGUUCACUGGCUGAACUGAAGGGUUUCGAGGUCAAGCGCCGUGGAGAGUUGAAAUUGAUCAAGAUCUUCCAGACGCAAAUUUUCCGCUUUUUCCUGGAAGGAACUACACUUGCGGAAACAUACGCAGCCGUCGCUAGGGUUGCGGAUCGAUGGCUGGAUGUUCUAUACCAGCAUGGAUCAACACUGGCAGACGAAGAGCUUAUCGAUCUGAUUUGCGAGAACAGAAGUAUGACCAAAACCCUGGAAGAGUAUGGGAACCAGAAAUCUACGUCUAUUACUACCGCGAGAAGACUGGCAGAGUUCUUGGGAGAGCAGAUGGUCAAAGAUAAAGGUCUCAACUGCAAAUAUAUCAUAUCUUCCAAGCCCAGAAACACCCCUGUGACAGAUCGAGCGAUUCCAGUGACGAUUUUCUCUGCCGAAGAAAAUGUCAAGCGAUUCUUCCUACGGAAAUGGCUUAAGGAAGACCCCGGGGACAUGGAUCCAAGAACAGUCAUCGAUUGGGACUAUUACCUCGAACGUUUAGGUUCCGUUGUGCAGAAGCUGAUCACUAUCCCGGCCGCCCUGCAAAAGAUUCGCAACCCCGUUCCUCGAGUUCCCCAUCCGGACUGGCUACAGAGACGAAUCGAUAUGAAAGAAGACAAAUUCAAGCAGAAGAAAAUGACAGAUAUCUUCCAGCUGACUGAAAAGAAAGCAUUGGCUGAUGUCUCAACCAACAUCCUUGAACAUCGUGUCCCACAUGCUACUGAUAUCGAGGAUGCACUCGCGCGUUCUGGGGAAAGGUUGAAGUCGCCAACUUCGAACAAAGUGGCCCAGAAAAGAAAAUUACCGGAGGGUCCUUCAACGACAUCCCUCGAUCCUUUUGCCAGCCUUCCUGCUACGAUGCCAUCGAUCACUGAUGACUACGUCGGUUUCCUGAAGUACCAGAAACAGAAAUGGAAGAUCCAGAAGCAAGCUCGAGUCCGUCGCCGACAGCUUUUCGGGGACAGAGUAAACGUUGCAUCAGACUCACUGAGUCAUUACUUCAGAAAUCAAGCAGAGAUGCUCUACAUCAGCACGUGGCAGGUCUUGCAGCUUCGUGAUACUGAAAUGCCCGGAAUCGUACGCGCCUUUGUUCUUAUCGAUAAGAAGGUCCAUGCUUUGACUAUCAAGGUUCCCCGUCAACUUUUCAUCAAUUUCAAGGGUGAUUCGCUGCCGGAUGUGGACGUGCCGGGGUGCGAUGUGGAAAAGGUCAACCACAUACUGCCAAACGGCCAUCCUUCUGUCCAUCUCUUCAAACUCACACUGUCAGAAGAUACGUAUCUGAACGAGGCGGAGAAGAUGGAGGCGCUUCUGCAUCAUCCAAGUGUGGAAGGCGUCUAUGAGAAGAAUGUCCCCUUGAGCGUUCGCGCCAUAUUAAAGCUGGGAAGCCAUUGUACCUUCGACGAAAGUCAACGUGGCGUGCUGGGAGAUGGAUUGGAUCAUGGAUUUGACCUCUCAGCUCUUUUACAUGCAGCGCCAGAACAGCCCUAUUUAGCGGAAUCCCCAUUAGCAUACCUCUAUCUGUACCACGUUGUAUCCGGGGACCGACAAGUCUUUGCGCUUUUCUCGACGCUAAGGGAUGAGGCGCAUGUCGUUAUCCUGAACCGAACAAGAGACGUUCAGGGAUUCCCCAACCUGGACAAAAUUUACGCAGAGGCUCUCACGAGGAAACUCCAGGAAAGUUCGGGCGAGAAGUUACAGGACGCGUUCGCAUAUCAGGAGAAGCUGCACUUCAAGAUUACUCAAGUAACGACGAGACGAAAGGCGCAUCUUGAAAUCGGUGACUUGGUAAAGAAGUUCCGAAGCGAGGAAAAUCAUCCAGUCAUGCUCGUUAUUCAGUCUCAGCAGAGAGAGCGCUUAUGUCAUGAUAUACCGAUCCUAAAGGAGUACCCUCUUCUUACAGUGAAACCAGAGGCAGCCGACAUGGAAUUCCCUCCUCUGGGCUGGCAGACUUUUGUUGCCAAAAGACUUGUUGGGCACUACGUAUAUCUCGGAGCAUGGAUCCAAAGCCUGACCUUGUUGGCGAGAUAUGGAGACGUCCCUCUUGGAAAUCUUGAGAGUGAAGAUCCAAGGUAUCUUAUCGACGUGUCAUACGCGAGACGGCUUCAACAGAACAAUGUCGUGCUCUGGUGGUCUUCUGGUCCCCGACCGGAUCACGCAGGAUACGAGAAAGAUGAUAUUGUUGGACCCUUGGAGAGGGUUGAUAUGCCCUCUGUCAACGUUCCAGGGACAUAUUCUACUGUCUGCAUCGAGCUUGACAUCCGCAACCUUGCUUUCAACACUAUCCUCACAUCAUCCCUAAUUAAUGAAUUGGAAGGCAGCGAUGCCCUUUUGGCACCUUCCGCUCCGGCAACCAACGGUCCAAGCGAUGGUACGGGCAUCCUAUACUCAGAGAAGGCAUUUGCAUCCGCUGGUGUCUUUGUUCUGCGCGAGAUGGUAAAGCAAUGGUGGACCGAGGUUUGUUCGGGCAACGGUAUGGCGGAUAUCAUGGUGCAGCACCUGAUCCGAUGGAUUGAGAGCCCGGCCUCUUGUCUCUACGACCGGUCCCUGCAUUACUACGUGCGGAUGAUGUCAAAGAAGUCUUUCCAACAGCUCAUGGGUGAUUUCCGCCGUGUGGGUUCGAAUGUCAUCUUCGCUAGCCCGACGCGUCUGCUUCUGCAAACCACAAAGACUGAGGUAGGCAAUGCGUAUGCGUACAGUCAGUAUGUGCUGAAGUCUAUCCGUGGCAAUGCGGUCUUUUCCUUUAUCGACCUGGAAAUCAAGGAAUACUGGGACUUCUUAGUCUGGUACGAUGAAUACAACUACGGUGGUAAAGGCUGUCGAGAGGUUGUCGAGUCGGACAAUCAGCAGCUUGAGACGAUCAUGCACUGGCAAAUGAGCCGGUUCCUUCCUGCUCCGAUGCAGACGGUGUUCCACGAUUGGGUGGUCGAGUAUAUUGAACUGAUGCACGCUCUCAAACGACCAGGAUCUCACGAUGCUGAUAUCUCAUCUACUCCUCGACUCACGCAGAUCCCCGGCAAACCGGCAGAUCCUGACAGUGAUCAAAUCACCUCUGUCCUUACUGACCGCUUUUCGAAGCCGCUGAAGAAGCAGAUCACGGGUCUCAUCCGGCGACAGCGUGAUGAGAUGUUGCACCCAGAACUGGCGUCUGACUAUGUCUUCCCAGUGCUUCCUGGGGCAAUUAUAGACCCUAAUGCAGACAAUCGCAAUCCGUCUCUGGAGCUGGUCAAGUCGCUCAUGCAAGUCCUGAGUCUCUCGAAGACGACUACUCUGGAGACUCGACUCCUGCGUCGCGAGCUGCUAGCACUCUUUGAGGUUCGAGAAUUCAGCGAGGAAGGUCGAUUUGAGAAUCCCAGCACCAGUCUCAAGUUACCAGAGCUGGCCUGCAACGCUUGCUGCUUAAUCCGUGACCUCGAUCUAUGCCGGGACGAGGACGUGCUUCCCGGCCUGGAUUCAGAUGGGAGUGUUGCGACGGUCAAGGCCUGGCGCUGUCCCUUCUGCCAGACGGAAUACGACAAGCUUGCUCAAGAGGAAACACUCAUUGGUCAAGUCCAAGGAAUGAUUGUGGCGUGGCAGACGCAAGAUCUAAAAUGUUCCAAGUGCGGCGGACUGAAAGUCAGCGACUUCAUGGAACAUUGCUCGUGCAGUGGAAAUUGGGUCGAGACGGUGAACCGGGCGGACAUGGAGAAGCGACUCCGCGUUAUGGCAAGCGUUGCGAAGUUCCACGGCUUGAAGCUGCUGGAGACAGUGGUAAACGGGGUUCUCGGUGGGAUUUAGCUCUGUCCCUGAUUCGUAUCGAUUGUGGGUUUGGUUUGGUUAGAGUUCCUUUUGGCACUUGCAUUGCACCGGCGUAUGAGGACUGACUGGUAGCGUAAUUUACUUGGUGUUCGGGAUGGCCAAGGGGACGUAUAUAACAAGUCAAUUAAUUAUAUCCUGGGUACGAACAAACGCUAUCUGUGGUUGGGUUAGGUUGGGUCACGUAUAAGCUGCGCACUGCGAAUCAAUC